AUGGAGUUGCCUCUGUUGCCAAUCGAAGCUGGCGACUUGGUGAGAGAGUUGCGGAAUGCCCUGUCUCCGAGCCUGGAGAUUGUUCUCGGGGCUUUAACACUGGACAUGGUCGAGUACGAUGCCUUGUGUAUCCACCAGGCUGUCUCGGGCAUCGCUAUAGAUGACAAAACUCUCGUCAACAUCCUGAUAUCACGAGACCCAGUGCAUCUGAAAGCGGUGAAAAUCAAGUUUUGGCAAGUUUACGGCAAGGACCUGAUAGACUACCUUCGGCGCGUCACAAACACGGAGUUAGGAGAACUUCUGUUGGUAUUCUCCUGUCUGCGGGAGGGAAAGUCGCCUAGGAGGGAGAGUGACGAACACGUGACAGAGGCGGCGCAACGACUGGCUAAAAAAAUUUCCAGUGGAGAAAAGUCAUAUCUUGAUGUCUUUCACAAGAAAAGUGGAGAUGACAUUCAUAAAAUAUUCCGAAAAUAUACAGAGGUAACAGGCAAAGAUGUGUCGGAGUCAUUUCACAAGUACAAAUCUGGAGAAGUGAGAUUUGCGCUCAUGGCAUUCGCUGACUAUCUUAGUGACCACACACUGUUUUACGUCCACCAGCUGAGGGCGGCUAUGAAGGACCCGGGGGUGGAUGGUAUCAUUCUCAUCCAUAUCAUCGUGUCCCGGGCAGAGAUAGACCUGGGAGAAAUCAAAUCGCGUUAUGUGACGGCGUACGGAGUGACUCUGGAAGACGACCUUAGGAAGCACAAUAUUGCGGACUACGCCCAGGUCCUGCUGGCUAUACUGAGGACAGCCAAAGGGGGAGACGUGAAGGUUGUCGGUGGGAAACCGGGGCAAAAGCAAGAUUCCGGGGGUGGAAACGAAAGCUUGGAAACCUCAUCAACUUCUAAGAGAAGAACAGAUGAGAAAAUACGUGCACAGGGGAAAGGACAUGGACAUGAGCAAGGAGGUGCAGAGGGGCAAGGGGGUGCAGAGGGGCAAGGGGUUGCAGAGGGGCAAGGAGGUGCAGAAGGGCAAGGGGAUGUAGAGGGGCAAGGAGGUGCAGAGGGGUAA